CGUUCCACAACAAUUUUUUUCAAAGGAAUCCACACCACCACCACCAUUACCAUUAUGAGGAAGCUAUACAACCACACCAAAGGCAAAAUCCACCCAUCACCACCGUCCUCCGCCACCACCACCGACCACCACCUUCCCUUGCUCCCUUUCGCUAUUGCCACUCUCGCCGCCGCCCUUGCACCGGAAGAUCAAGAAGUCUUGGCUUAUCUCCUCUCAAGCUCUGCAACCACCACCACCUUCUCCAGCGGCAACAAACCCACCAACAAGUCCGGCGGCGGAGACCACCCUCCACGGUUCAACUGCAACUGCUUUAGAUGCUAUACCAGCUUCUGGGUUCGUUGGGAUGCUUCACCAAAUCGAAAACUGAUUCAUGAAAUCAUCGAUGCUUAUGAAGAAGGAUUGAUCCAUACCAAGAAAAACGGAAAGAACAAGAAAGAGAUUAAAAACAACAGGGCGUCAUCUUCUUCUUCUUCUUCUUCAUCCUCUACUUCCCACGCGCCGCCGCCUGCUACAGAAAGCGUCAGCCACGCGCCGCCGCAGAGUGAGAAAAAGAGCAUCGAUGAUGAAGAGGAAAUGGGUAUUGGGUCAUCGGAAAAGGGGUCUGUAAGAAAGAUUGUAAGCUUCAUUGGAGAGAGGAUUUGGGGGGUGUGGGGUAUUUGAUUUUUGUUAUGAAUUUGUAGGAGUAAUUUAGGAAGAAGAUGGUAUGUUGCCUGAAACUGGGCAUUCAAUUGGUCUGUUUGGGAACAGGAAUAGUGUUCCAUUGGUUCUUCCGGUGUAAAUACUAAAUAGCCAUUUCUUUUUCACUUU